AUGAUGCAGCGACUUUUCAAACUUUCCAACCCGGAUCUUCUCCACGAAGCAUCAUACGUCCACGGAGAACGGAUUCAAGCAGCGUCUGGCCAAACCUUUGUCAUCAUUGAUCCUGGUAGUGGCAUUGAUUGGGCUACCUGCCCUGACAAUUCUGCUGAAGAUGUCAACAACGCAGUCCAAUCUUCUUAUAGAGGCUUUCUUGAGUACAGAGGGUACACUGCACGUAAAAGAGCCCAGUUAUUACUAGAAUGGCAUCGCUUGAUCGGUGAGUCUAAAGAAGAUCUUGCAAAGCUUAUUACAUAUGAAACUGGAAAGCCUCUCGCCGAAGCACGAGGAGACUAUUCUCUAGGCUUCGCUUGGUGGUUUGCUGGCGAAGCUGAACGGAUCCAGGGCAUAAUUGGGGCGUCCAGCUAUGCAGAAAGAAGAGUGCUUACGAUCAAGCAACCUAUUGGUGUGGCUGUCGCUCUGGUCCCAUGGAACUUCCCCAUUGCCAUGACCAUGAGGAAGGCCAGCGCAGCUUUUGCUGCCGGCUGCUCUAUGAUUGUCAAACCGUCACCCGAAACGCCUCUGUCUUGCCUGGCACUAGCAGAUCUAGCCACCAGAGCUGGUUUCCCAGCAGGCACAUUCAAUGUUCUAACGACCUCUUUGGAAAAUACUCCUGGACUUUCCGAGGCUUUAUGCACUCAUCCUUUAGUCGCUAAGGUGACCUUUACAGGCAGCACUAGGGUGGGAAAAAUUGUUGCUGGUCUUUGCGCUCAAGGUCUUAAAAAGUGCACACUGGAGCUUGGCGGAAACUGUCCCGUUGUUGUCUUUGAUGACGCUGAUAUCGGCCAAGCAAUCGGCCAGAUCAUGGCAUUGAAGUGGAGGAAUGCGGGCCAAGCAUGUAUUACGGCAAUCGAGUUUAUGUUCAAGCCGUUCAAGACUGGUCAUGGUGCUGACCCCACCAACAACUUUGGGGCUGUCACUACGCUUUCCGGUCCUGAAAAGGCUGAAUUACAGGUCAAGAACGCUCUCGAAAACGGCGCUAAGCUCAGAACUGGAUCAGGAAAACCUCUUAUGCUGUCUUCCUCGGGAGAUGGCAGCCAGUUUAUGGAGCCAGUGGUUCUUACUGGAAUGACACAGGAUAUGCAGAUGGCUAAAGAGGAAACAUUUGGUCCCGUUUGCGGCCUCUUCAAGUUUGAAACAGAGGAACAAGUCGUCAAGUGGGCCAACGACACCAGCCUCGGUCUUGCAAGCUAUGUGUUUACCAAGAACUCAGACCGCUUGUGGAGGUUGUUUGAAAAUCUGGAGGCAGGCAUGAUCGGCCUAAAUACAGGAAAUGGCUCUGCAGCAGAGAGUCCCUUCGGUGGCAUCAAGCAGUCUGGCUACGGAAAAGAAAGCGGCAAAGAUGUUGCUGUAGCAGAGUAUCUCGUUGAGAAAACCGGAACUUUAACAGUGAUGUGA